AUGGCGCCGAAAGGCAGCGCGGAGCCCGACUUCGCGAACCUCCGCCGAGGAAAACUCACCCAGGUGGAUGUCCUCAAUUCGGCUCCACCUUGGCGAAAGCUUCGGCCUGUGCCGAUAGUAUGUACUCUGCUGGGUGCUGCGUUCUACACCUGCUACAUGGUUCCCGGCUUGGCGCAGUUUGGCAGCGCUCGAUGGCAAAUACAGGUGGAGACCGGAGUACUGGAGCCACGUGCGGGCGGCCCUUUUGCAGAGGUGAGUGGCUCGCUGGCGCUGCUGCUCAGCCUCGCUUAUGUUUCCCUCACCUUUGUCGGGCUUGGGCGGAUGGCGCAGCGCAGUCUGCCAGUGCAGACGUUCAUCUUCGAGUGCAUGGCAGUGCACAACGCUACACAGUGCUGCUACAACCUUUACUGCUUCGUUAUGCUCGUCCUCGAGGGUCACGCGCAGGGCUUCCAGAUCUGGGGCAACGUUCCAGACACCACAGCCAGGAGCCAUCGACUGGGCUGGCUGAUGUGGCUGCAAUACCACUGCCGCCAGCUCCAACUGGUGGAAACCGGCUUCAUGGUGCUUCAGAAGAAGUUCCAGGGCGUCUCGUUUCUGCAUGUUUACCUCCGCGUUCUGAAUUUGUGGGGCUGGUUCAUCGCCUGCCACUGUGGCUGCGGGGCUGAAGCCUUCGUCCCGGCACUGGUAAGCUCGGGCUGCCAGACGGUCGUAUACGGCUUAUAUUCCAGCUUCAGUUGUACAUCCAGCUCCCCUUCGCGUUCUGACUCCAGGGUCUCGCGGGCCACCUGGGUCUUCAGGCUUCAGAUUGCACAGUACAUCCUUUGUGCUGGCCACUCGCUGGCCGCAGCCAUUUGGGGGCACUUCCCGGCAAAGCUGGCGGCCCUGCAUCUGUUUGUAAUUGGGAAUGGGCUGAUUCUUUACACCGAGUGGCACUCGGAGCCGCUGGCAGCCUCCCGCCUGAGCCGGCAAAGCAGUGACGAGUCGCCACGGCGAGUGACGUUCUCGUUCGACUCCUGCGGCUGGCUCUUCGUCUACCAUUUUGGCGUGGGCUUCUGGCUGAGCGACAAUCUGGGCCUCCUCCGAAAACCGGAUGAGCCCCACUCCAUGCCGGAAGAGGUAGCUUUCAGCGGCUCUUCUGGUGGUUCACUGAUCGCGUGUGUACUGGCCUGUGGGAACAAUGUCCGUGAUGUGUUCGACUUCAUCGUCGAGCAGCAGCCGCUUUGCAAGCGCAAUCCUGUAGAGAUGUUCCCAGCUGUCGAGCGCGCACUGCGCAAGUUCCAGUUUGAGGGUGCCUAUCUUCGCCUCAUCGGCCGCAUGCGGGUUCUGCUGACAAGGGUGAUGCAGCACCCGCCCUUUGUGCAGGGGGAGGUUAUUGACAAGUUCCCAGACAAUGAAACUGUUAUUCAGACCCUCUGCGCGUCCUGUCAUGUGCCGCUCUUUGCGGGCCUAUUUCCAAGGCGCAUCUUCGGCCGUUACUACUACGACGGCCUUGUCUGGCCAGACCGGCUCCUUGUUCCAUGGCGCGGAGCACCAGGAGAUCACGUCGUGCGCGUGUCGGCCUGUGCGCAUCCUCUGGCCGAUGUGAAGAUUGAUCGUGUGCCUUACUGGUGGGCAGUGCUGCCUCCGGAACCGCGAGUACUGCGAGGUGUCUUCUGGUGCGGCUACAGAGAUGCAGCGAGAUGGUUUUCCACAAAGCCGCAG